AUGAAUUUCUCUGGCCAGUUGGUACAUCAAGCUCUACUACGACAAGUUGUAAACUCUGCUAAAGAAGAAUCUGGUGUGAUAUUAUUCAGGUUCAAAUUUGCUGGAAAGAGGGCAACAUUUUCUAUUGCUGAAUUUGCUCUUAUCACUGGUUUGUUAUGUGGUGAUGUCCCUCCCCUGUCUAGCUUGAUUGACACUUCUGUGCAUAGGAUUAGAGACUUGUAUUUUGGUGGAAAUAAGAGCAUUGGUAGAAAUAAGUUAGAUGAAGUUUUCAUGAGUUGUGAUCCUGAACCUGGAAAGGAAGAAGAUGUGUUGAAGCUAGCUCUGGUAUAUUUUUUGGAGUCUGUUUUACUGCCUAGGGAGCGUAGUAGGAACAUAGAUAUCCAGUGGUUGCAAUUGGUUGAUAAUGUUAAUGUGUUUAAUAAGUAUCCAUGGGGAUCUGUGAGCUAUGCACGUACUGCAAAGUCUCUUGCAUCUGUCAUGGUAGGUCGUGCUGAAAAAUUUAAAAAAAGAUCGACAAAGAUGGAAAAGUACAGCAUAUAUGGAUUCCCGCUAGUACUUCAGAUAUGGCUUUAUGAAGCGGUGCCGCGCAUCGGUAUGUCUUACACAAAUGUGAGGGAAGAAAACCGGUUUCCCCGAAUAUUGAACUGGAGCAGCACUGCCACUCCAGAAUCUAAUGCUAUUGUCUCCAAUAUUUUUGAUAUGAAAAAGCUAGAAGUGCAUGAUACGCUUGUCCCUACUGAUUUAGAGUUAGGGCAGGAAUAUUUGAGUAGUAUUGGGAUCCCCAAGUUAAAGGAGACGACCAAUGUUGUGGGGAGCUCCAAGACAAAGAAGAAGAGCUCAAAGAAGAAGAGCAAUGUAGCGGAUGAGGGCAAUGUUGCGGUGGAUGCGUUUGAGAAUUUGUUUGGAGAUGAGGACAAUAAUCGCCACAACCCUGAGAUUGAGCGGGAGGAUGAUCCAAUGGGAAGAGUUAUUGAGAAGUUACUUGGGAUGGAGAAGUUGUUGAUUGAGCAGAAAAAAAUAAAUAGGUUGUUGAGGAAUGAGGUUACAACUUAUUUUGAUGCAUUUUUCCAGUCUGUGGAGGAUAAUAUGAAGACAGUAGUGGAAUUUAGAAUAGGAACUAACAUGGAGGUGGAUAAUGAGGUUCUAAGUGAUGAGAUUGAACCUCAAAACAAGGGGUUGGAGAAUAAGGAGAAUGAUACGAAGGAGGAGGAGGAUAAGGUGGAGGAAAAUGAGGAAAAGGUGGAGAAUGAGGAGAAGGAGGAUGAUGUAGUUCAAGUAAAAGAGAAUAAGGAGAAGGAGCCGGAGCCGGAGCAGGAGCAGGAGCAGGAGUAG